UUAUUGUAGUACCUGAGCGUUAAUAUUAUUAAUACCCGAUGGUUCGUGUUAAUAAUCACGCUAAAUUCAUACUUUAAGCCAGAUAUGUGUGAUAUAUUCGUUAUGAGCAAGCUGUUGACAUUUACUUGUAAGGCGAACCAGAUUAUAACAGUGCAUGAUAUAAAAGUAUUGUAAUACAAAUAAGUUAUCACGGUUUUACAAAAAUAAGGACUCAAUACAUCCUAACAUCCACUGUCUCCAUUCCUUCGCCAGGACAGAAGGCUACAAUGACAUCAGGCAACAUGAGCAGCGAUGAAGAGAGGAGUAUGAGAGAGUGCGAGCAGUACGUGCAGAAACACAACAUCCAGCAGCUGCUGAAGGACUGCAUCGUCCAGCUGUGCACCUCGCGGCCAGACCGGCCAAUGGCUUUCCUCAAAGAGUACUUUGACAAACUGGAAAAGGAGGAGAGCAUGCAGAUGCUGCUGCAGCAGAAGGCCUCGGGCUCCCGCUCGGACUCCCGCUCGGACUCCCGCUCGGAGGAGUCUCCCCCCAUGAACCCCGUGGUGCGGGGGCGCCGCCGCCGCGGGGCCAUCAGCGCCGAGGUGUACAACGAGGAGGACGCCGCCUCCUACGUCAGAAAGGUCAGCCCCUGGAACGCAUGA